AUGGGAGGCAUUAUGGCCCCCAAAGACAUAAUGACAAAUACUCACGCUAAAUCCAUCCUCAAUUCAAUGAACUCUCUCCGGAAGAGCAAUACCCUCUGUGAUGUGACUUUGAGAGUAGAGCAGAAAGACUUCCCUGCCCAUCGGAUUGUGCUAGCUGCCUGUAGCGAUUACUUCUGCGCCAUGUUCACCAGUGAGCUUUCAGAGAAGGGGAAACCUUAUGUUGAUAUUCAAGGUUUAACUGCUUCUACCAUGGAAAUUCUGUUGGACUUUGUGUACACUGAAACCGUACAUGUGACAGUGGAGAAUGUGCAGGAACUGCUCCCUGCAGCCUGUCUGCUCCAGCUGAAAGGUGUGAAGCAAGCCUGCUGUGAGUUCUUAGAAAGUCAGUUGGACCCCUCCAAUUGCCUGGGUAUCAGGGAUUUUGCUGAAACUCACAAUUGUGUGGACCUGAUGCAAGCAGCUGAGGUUUUUAGCCAGAAGCAUUUUCCUGAAGUGGUACAGCAUGAAGAAUUCAUUCUUCUAAGUCAAGGAGAGGUGGAAAAGUUAAUCAAGUGUGAUGAAAUUCAGGUGGAUUCUGAAGAGCCCGUCUUUGAAGCUGUCAUCAACUGGGUGAAGCAUGCCAAGAAGGAGCGAGAAGAAUCCUUGCCUGACCUGCUACAGUACGUCCGGAUGCCCCUGCUGACCCCCAGGUACAUCACAGACGUAAUAGAUGCUGAGCCUUUCAUCCGCUGUAGUUUACAGUGCAGGGAUCUAGUUGAUGAAGCAAAGAAGUUUCAUCUGAGGCCUGAACUGCGAAGUCAGAUGCAAGGACCCAGGACGAGGGCUCGUCUAGGAGCCAAUGAAGUGCUUCUGGUGGUUGGGGGCUUCGGAAGCCAGCAGUCUCCCAUCGAUGUGGUAGAGAAAUAUGACCCCAAGACUCAGGAGUGGAGCUUUUUGCCAAGCAUCACUCGUAAGAGACGUUAUGUGGCUUCAGUGUCCCUACAUGAUCGGAUCUAUGUGAUUGGUGGCUAUGAUGGCCGUUCCCGCCUCAGUUCAGUGGAAUGUCUAGACUAUACAGCAGAUGAGGAUGGAGUCUGGUAUUCUGUAGCCCCUAUGAAUGUCCGACGAGGCCUUGCUGGAGCUACCACCCUGGGAGAUAUGAUCUAUGUGUCUGGAGGCUUUGAUGGAAGCAGGCGUCAUACCAGUAUGGAGCGAUAUGACCCAAACAUUGACCAGUGGAGCAUGCUGGGAGAUAUGCAGACAGCCCGGGAGGGCGCUGGACUAGUUGUGGCCAGCGGAGUCAUCUACUGUCUAGGAGGAUAUGAUGGCCUGAAUAUCUUAAAUUCAGUUGAGAAAUAUGAUCCCCACACAGGACACUGGACUAAUGUUACACCAAUGGCCACCAAGCGCUCUGGUGCAGGAGUAGCCCUGCUGAAUGACCAUAUUUAUGUGGUGGGGGGAUUUGAUGGUACAGCCCACCUUUCUUCUGUUGAAGCAUACAACAUUCGCACUGAUUCCUGGACAACUGUCACUAGUAUGACCACUCCACGAUGCUAUGUAGGGGCAACGGUGCUUCGGGGGAGACUUUAUGCUAUUGCAGGAUAUGAUGGGAAUUCCCUGCUGAGUAGCAUUGAGUGCUAUGACCCUAUCAUCGACAACUGGGAAGUAGUGACAUCCAUGGGAACCCAGCGCUGUGAUGCUGGCGUGUGUGUUCUUCGAGAGAAGUGACCGUUGUUGGAGCACCAUCCAGGGCUAGUGACCAGUCCACGGGACAGUUUACGGGAGAGUCGAGGAUCCUUUCCAGAAUAUCUUAUUUCUCACUGUGCACACAGGGUGAUUAAUCAAAGCACAGGUGCAGUGA